UUAAUGUUAGUACAACACUAUACACUUAUAAUAACUUCAAGCACUUAAAUAUUGACCGCAUACCUUCUAAUAAACGUCACAUUAUUAAACAGCUGCCCAAUACCCACCUUCCCUCUACUUGUACAAGUCCAUAAAACCCACAUUUUGUUCAUACUUCACCUAAUAUCUUACUCUUUCUAUAAUUCCUUCAUUUCCUUAUCCAUCCAUCCAUCCAUCCUCAAAAAUCAAACUAAACAUAUCAUGAAGCAUCAUCAAAUUCAAACAUCCAAAGAUCAUGGCCAUGAUCUUCACUCACUUAAUAAAAACUCGACUUCAAAAAUUGUAAAAUUGAAGUCAUUAUCUUCGUUAGCACCUCCAUCUAAUGCUUCAUUGCAACCUAAGGUUUACAAGGUUAAACCUAUCCAUUUUCGUGAGCUUGUUCAAAAGCUUACCGGAGCUCAAUCGGAUCACAUACAAUUACUACAAAAACAGUCUAAACCCGAUCAAACUCGACCUAAAACAAGUGUUGCACCACCUCCUUUGUCACUACUACAUCAACCCCAUCAAUUAAAAUUUCAUAAUCAAAAUGAGAAUAAGCAAGCACAAGAUAAUGAUAUGGGUACUAGUGAAUUUAUUAUGUCACCUAAUUUUCAAGCUUGGUUUUCAUUUGCUAUGUUAAGUCCUGGACGUGCUGCUAUAUCUCAGUUGGAGUAACGAUCACUUUUUAAGGAAUAAUUUAUUUUUUCUUAUUACUUUUUGAUUGUAUACUUAACAAAAAUUUGUGCUAGUUUUGUUGAUUAGGAUUAGUUUUAGUACACUUUCUUAUGGCUAAAUCAUGGUUCAAAUGAAUAAUAAAGUUAUGGAUUCCUUAUUUUCA